AUGCCGGAAAGACCUCCUCAACACCCUCGUCCUGCUCAACCUCCCGGCCCGACGUAUCUGCAGUAUUCUCCUGACGGUCAACGACUGAUCGUUGCCGGCGUGGGAAACUUUGCACGCUCAUUCAGAACCGGUGACAAUGGGGAGCCAGAUCUGCUCCCGGAAACGCACGAUGAAACAUACGCUGUGGCAUCAGGGAAUGACUACGUGAUAUUGGGUUGUGAGGAUGGUACUGUAUGCGAGUAUGCUGUACCAUCGGGAGAUCUCAAGCAGAUACUCGUCAGAACAACACUACCUGUGCGAGAUAUAGCACUUUCUCCCGACGAGAAUUGGAUUGCAGUUUCAAGCGACGAACUUGAGGUUAAAAUUGUCAAUCGACAUGAUAUCGAGCAAAUAACGACUCUCCGUGAGCACCCGAAGCCGAUCAAGCACCUCUCAUACGACCCUACUGGGAAAUACCUGGCUGCGUCCUGUACAAAUGGCGUCAUCUACAUAUACACAAUGGCUGGUCCUGAGCCUGCUCUGCUGAGAACGAUGGACGGAAUCAUCAAUCGCUUGGAGACUGCAGAAUCCACGUCGUCAAAGUGUGUGUGGCAUCCUGAUGGAAGAGCAUUUGCUUGCGCCACUCAGAUACGAGAUAUCCAAGUCAUCUCGGUGGAGGAUGGAGCUCAUCAGCGAGCGUUCGCAGGGGCUCAUAACGGAGACAUCACCUCACUGGCCUGGUCACCGAAUGGUGCGCUACUUGCAAGUUCUAGCGCAGAUGAUCAGCUGGUCAUUUGGGAGACCAAGACGCAAACUGUUCUCAAGAAAUUUAACUACGAGAAGAUCAUCAACCUUGCCUGGCAGAGCACGGGAGAGAAUAUUUUCAAUUGGACGACAUCUCAGGGAGAACUCUAUAUCAUUCCCGAGUUCUUGCAAGAUGAAGCACACGUCCGCCUCCUCAAAGGACCCAGGGUAAGAGCUCCGUUCUUUCAUGAUCCUUUGCAUGAGAAGACUGCAGCUGUGAAUGGUCGAAAACCCUUGGUCAGUGGCCAGGGCAAGCGCGCAGGAACACCAGAUAGUCUGGACGAGAUGCUCGGUCCCGAGGACGAAUAUGACUGGAUCGAGGAUGACGAUGGUGCAGGCUACAUUAACGAGAACGGCAAGCGAACCAACGGCCAUCUUGGAGGUGUCAACGGACAUUCAGCGAAGCGCAACAAGCAGGGUCUCUGGCAACCCCAGGUCCACGAGGCGUUCCAGCCGGGGGCAACCCCUUGGCGUGGUAACCGAAAAUACCUUUGUCUCAAUCUCAUCGGAUUUGUGUGGACUGUCGACCAAGACACGCACAACACGGUGACUGUUGAGUUUUAUGAUCGCGAAAUGUAUCGCGAUUUCCACUUCACCGACCCCUUUUUGUACGACAAGGCGUGCCUGAACGAGAACGGCACACUAUUCGCGUCUCCUCCGAAGGAUGGUCAACCUGCUGUGAUAUUCUACCGACCUCACGAGACUUGGACGGCACGUUCUGAUUCACGCGUCAGCCUGCCCGACGGCGAGGAGGCCACGUGCAUAGCUUUGAGCAAUCGGUACAUUGUGGCCGUGACGAACAAGAACUACGUGCGUGUGUGGACGUUGUUCGGCACUCCGGUCCGCAUGUGGCGCAUGAAGAGUGCUCCCGCAGUCACCUGUUCGGCAUGGGGAGACUAUGUCAUGACGGUGGGCAACGGCUCUGUGGGCGCGGACGGAUGUACCCAGUUGAUGUACAGUAUCGAUGACGUGCGACGAGACGAGAAUUGUCAGAACGAGGAUGUCUUGGCCCUGGGCACACUUCCGCCGGACUCGGAAGAGGAGGACGUGAGUUUGAAGACGGUCUUCUGGAGCGAUUUGGGAGAUCCGUGCAUCUACGACAGUAACGGGGUCUUGUUGACCUUGCUUCACUGGCGCAACCCGGGACAAGCCAAGUGGGUGCCCCUUUUGGACACGCGGUUGCUGGACCGUCUGAAGGACGGGAAGAGAGAGGAAACUUACUGGCCUGUCGCUGUGGCGGGGGAGAAGUUUCACUGCAUCAUCCUCAAGGGAGGCGACAAGAGUCCUUACUUCCCUCGGCCGCUGCUUACGGAGUUUGAGUUCCACGUUCCCGUAUCGAGGGCCGUGGAGAAGAACAGGAAUGAUGAGGGGGAGGAGGACGAAGAAGAGGAGACGAACGCUGCGGCGGCAGUGCGCCUGGAAGAAUCGUUUGUCAGAACUUCGGUCAUGCUGGACCUGGUGGACGAUUUGGUUCAGAGUCUCGGUGAGAGGGCUGGACACGCUCAAAAGACCGAGGUGAUGAAGAGGGAGAUUGACGUGGACAAGAUUCUCCUACAGUUGUUGGCCGUCGAGUGUCGCGAGGGAGAGGACAGAGGGAUGAAGGCUCUCGAAAUUGUCGGAUUGUUGAAAGACAGGAGUGGGAAGAUGUUGGAGGCUGCUGCGAAGGUGGCUGGUCGUUGGAAUAGGACGGUCUUGGAGGAUAAGAUUCGUGACUAUGCCGAACGGAGACUGAUGGGGAUGGAUGAAGAGUGA